UUUUGACAUUAUCAUUUGACAUUCUCUGUUAUUAUUGAAUUGAAUUGAUUUAUUAACUCUUCCUCAAAAGUUUAAAUUAAAAGAAUACGUUUGAAGUAAUAAUCAAAGUGUAUCUACAGAAUCACAAAUCUAUUUAUAUUUGUAUAGUGUCUUACUACUUAAGUUAUGGCUUCUCCGUCUCCUAAAUCACCAGAACAAAGUGAAAAAAAUAAGCAGUACGACCGGCAAUUAAGACUUUGGGGAGACCAUGGGCAAGCUGCACUGGAAAAUGGACAUAUAUGCUUAAUAAAUGCUUCUGCAUUAGGUACGGAAAUAUUAAAAUCGAUUGUUUUACCUGGGGUAGGAGCAAUCACAAUAGUUGAUCACAACAUAGUAAGUGAUGAAGAUAUUGGAAGUAACUUUUUUUUGGAAUGUUCUAGUAAAGGUCUUAAUAGAGGUUCUGAAACUCUCAGACUUUUAUUAGAAUUAAAUUCUGCUGUGCAGGGACAUGCUGUUUAUGAACCAGCAGAACAAAUACUACGUGAUAACCCAGAUUUCUUUAAAUCUUUCAAUGUUGUCAUAGCCACAUGUCUUGGAGAAAAAACCAUUCAGGAUCUAGCACAGCAUUUGUGGGAUCUAAAUAUACCACUUAUUUUAUGUAGAUCUGUUGGAUUUUUAGGAUCUUUUAGGAUACAAAUGAAUGAACAUACAAUUAAUGAAACUCAUCCUGAAAAUGAGCAAAUUGAUCUACGUCUAGAUGUGCCAUUUCCAGUUCUUGCUGAAUAUUUAGAUGCUUUCAACAUAGAUACUGUUGACUUAAAAGAUCAUGGUCACAUUCCUUGGAUUGUAAUUUUAUAUAAAGCAGUACAAAAAUGGCAAACUACUAAUCAAAAUAGAUGGCCUAUGAGCAGAAAAGAGAAAAAUGAAAUUAAGGAUGUAAUACAAGAUUUUUUUAGAAAAGAUGAAAAUGGUAUACCCAUAGAAGAAGAAAAUUUUAACGAAGCUUUAAGAGCAGUUAAUACUGCAUUAGUACCUACUUUUUUACCUGUAAAAAUUCAAGAUCUUAUUUAUAGUAGCUCUGCUAUUAAUUUAACUAAAGAGAGUUCUCCAUUUUGGAUAAUGUGUUCAGCCCUAAAAGCUUUUGUUGAAGCUGAAGGAAAAGGUAAGCUACCCUUAAGAGGUGUUCUUCCAGAUAUGACAACAUCAACAGAUCAUUAUGUUAAACUUCAAAGUAUGUAUCGUGCACAGGCAGCUAUGGAAGCUGAAAUAAUUUAUAGGAAGGUGCAGGAAAUUGUAGCACAAUUACAUUGUGAUAGUAUCAGUGAAGCAGAUGUGAAACUGUUCUGUAGACAUGCCCAUGAUUUACAUUUAAUGAAAGGAUCAAAUAUAGCUGAAGAAUACAGAUUGGGCAAUGCCAUAGCAUCAUACAUAGCAAGAUAUUUGGAAGAACCAGAUGUUAUGAUGGUUCACUAUAUUCUUUUAAGAUCAGCUGAAAAGUUUCAAUCAGAACACUGUCGUGCCCCUGGAGAAUGGGAACCAGAGGGAGACAUUGCUAAGCUGAAAACAUGUGUUACUAAACUACUUAGUGAUAUAUCUUGUACACCAUUUCCUAAGGAUGAUCACAUUCAUGAAAUGUGUAGAUAUGGUGGAGCAGAAAUUCAUAGUGUUUCAGCUUUUCUUGGAGGAUGUAUUGCACAUGAAGCAAUUAAAAUUGUUACAAAGCAAUACAAACCUGUUAAUAACACUUUUAUUUAUGAUGGUGCUUCAACUAAUACUGCUACAUUCACAUUUUAAUGCAGCUUACACUAUUUAUUAUGAAUAAAAAAUGCAUAAAGAUAA